UUGUCCUGGGUAAUGCCCAGGUGCAAUCCCUCUACCCUAUUGUCUACUGUUCUGAUGGCUUCUGUGAGCUGACCGGCUACGCCCGCGCCGAGCUGAUGCAGAAGAGCUGUGCAUGUCAUUUCCUGUACGGGCCGGAGACCAGCGACCAGCUGACGGCGAAGAUCCAAGGGGUGUUGGACGACAGGGGGGAGUUUAAGACCGAGCUGGUGUUCUACAAGAAAGGAGGUACCCAGUUCUGGUGUCUGCUGGACAUCGUGCCCAUUAAGAAUGAGAAGGGAGAGGUGGUGCUGUUUCUGGUGUCCCACAAGGACAUCACUGACAACAAGAAGGACCGGGACCCAGAGCAAGGCCCCGAGACUGAUGAGGAGACGGGUCUGGAGAUGCACAAGGUCACCCGUCCCCCAGGCUUCAACACCAACCGCAGACGCAGCCGGGCGGUGCUCUACCACCUGUCUGGACACCUGCAGAAACAGGACAAGAGCAAGAUCAAACUCAACAACAACAUGUUUGGGGACAAUCCGCCCAUCCCAGAGUACAAGGUGGCAGCCAUACAGAAAUCCCGAUUAAUUUUGCUCCACUACGGGACCUUCAAGGCUGGCUGGGAUUGGCUAAUCCUGUUGGCUACCUUCUAUGUCGCAGUCACAGUGCCCUAUAAUGUGUGUUUCACUGUGGUGGGGGGACGGGACGAAGGAAGCUCCGCCCCCCGCAGCCCCCCCAGUGUGAGUGACAUCCUGGUGGAGAUCCUGUUUAUGCUGGAUAUCGCGUUGAACUUCCGGACGACCUUUGUGAGCACAUCGGGCCAGGUGGUGUACGACGCUCGUUCCAUCUGUGUGCACUACGUCACCACCUGGCUGUUUGUUGACCUCAUCGCUGCAUUGCCCUUUGACCUGCUCUAUGCAUUUAACGUCAGUGUGUACUUUGGGGUCCACCUGCUGAAGACAGUGCGGUUGCUGCGCCUGCUGAGGCUGCUCCAGAAGCUGGAGCGUUACUCCCAGUACAGUGCUGUGGUCCUCACCCUGCUCAUGUCCAUGUUCGCCCUGCUGGCCCACUGGAUGGCCUGCGUCUGGUACUUCAUCGGACGCAGAGAGAUCGAAAACAGCCCCAACUCCUGGGACAUCGGUUGGCUACACGAAUUGGGAAAGCGUCUGGGCACCCCUUAUUUUGUAUCUCCCCUGGCCACUCUGGCUCCUGAUUUGCUGCACCCUGCAAUCUCCCUGCAUGCCAACAGCAGCCAAUGGAAUGUGUCCGGGUCGGAGCUGGCGGGGCGAGACUCGUGGAACACCAGCCAGUGGAACGUCACGUGGAUGGGGGCUGGGGUGGGGGUCAGGGUGGGUCAGGGUGGAGGGAUGCUGGGUGGGGGUCCGUCAGUGAGGAGCUCCUACGUGACGUCUCUGUACUUCGCUCUGAGCAGUCUGACCAGCGUGGGCUUCGGAAACGUCUCAGCCAACACAGACUCAGAGAAGAUCUUCUCCAUCUGCACCAUGCUCAUAGGAGCCCUGAUGCAUGCGGUGGUGUUUGGUAACGUGACUGCCAUCAUUCAGAGGAUGUACUCUCGGCGCUCCCUCUACCACACCCGUACCAAGGACCUGAAGGACUUCAUCAGGGUCCACCGCCUGCCCAAAGCCCUGGAGCAACGCAUGCUGGAGUGUUUCCAGACCACCUGGUCAGUCAACAACGGCAUCGACGUCAGUGAGUUGUUGAAGGACUUCCCAGAUGAGCUGAGGGCAGACAUCGCCAUGCACCUGAACAAAGAGCUGCUGCAGCUGCCGCUGUUUGAGUCGGCCAGUAGGGGGUGUCUGCGCUCCCUGUCCCUCAUCAUCAAGACGUCAUUCUGCGCCCCGGGGGAGUAUCUCAUCCGCCAGGGAGACGCCCUGCAGGCCAUCUAUUUUGUCUGCUCUGGGUCCAUGGAGGUGCUGAAGGACAACACUGUGCUGGCUAUACUGGGUAAAGGGGACCUGAUUGGCAGUGACUCCCUGACCAAGAAGCAGGUGAUUAAAACGAAUGCCAACGUGAAGGCUCUGACCUACUGUGACCUGCAGUACAUCAGUCUGAAGGGACUGAGGGAGGUUCUCCGGCUCUACCCAGAGUACGCCCAGAAGUUCAUCUCUGAGAUACAACAUGAUCUGACCUAUAACCUCAGAGAGGGUCACGGAGCUGACGUGGACUGGGAGAGUAAUGGAAGUUUGGUGAAGAAGCUGUCUUCCAUUAAGGAAGAUGAGGAGGGUGAUGAAGAGCAGAGCUCUGUGUCGCGUGCCCCUCGUUCACCUCGACGUCUGACCAGGGUUCUCAACUCGCCCCUGCGUUCGCCCCUGCUGCACCCUCGACCCUUCCGCCCCCUCAGAACACACCGCCCCCCCACUCUGCAGAUACCUGUGGUCAGCUUCAGCAGUGCGCCACUGGAGCUUAGUCCAAGGUUUGUGGAUGGUAUUGAGACAGAGAGCAGUGGGAACUCCUCCCAGAAGUUUGAGUUUAGCUCCAGGCUGAUGAGCACUCUCUCCCAGCAAGUCUCUCAUCUCAGCCAGGAGCUAAAGGAAAUGACCCGCCUGCUCCGGCCCCUCCUCCUUGUGGCGCCUCAGCCAAUCCUGACAGCCAUUACGCCCAACCUGACUCCACCCCCCAGCAGUGCCAACAAACCGUCCUCCAACACACCUCUGGUGGUCCCACCUCCAGCCCCGCCCUGCUCCCCGUCGCCCCACCCCCAACGAACGCAGUCCUGCUCACUAUUGGACAUGGACAGUGCUGACACGGGGAAAGUGGGCUUGCCAAGUUGCCUCCUCCCAACCCCCCCUCCACAGAGGCCUCCAGCCCAGACCCAGUCUCCAAUCUCCCCAGAGAGAAGUUCUAAGGACUUACCCCACUCCAACCCCCCUUCCCCUGGGACAGAAGACAUGAGGGGGUCACCCCACCUCUCCAACCACACCACCUCUAGCAACAGUUUCCUUCCCUCUGCCCAGGACAGAUGUACCCUAGCCUCUGGCACCAUGUCCCCCUCCCUCUCUUUCUCCUUGUCCCUCUCCUCCUCCCCCUCCUGCUCUCCCUGCCAGGGUCCCCAUCACUCACGAUCUGGUAGCCACAGCAGGGGCCUGCUCCCCCCGCCCCCCUCCCAGGACAACACGCCCCCGCCUUCCUCCCAUUGCUCCGCUCCUCCGUCACUCAGCUCCUCACCUGGAGACCAUAAGCUGAAGUUGGUCUUCCCCUCUUCCUACUCCACUCCCCUCAUCCCUCCCCUCCCCUCUCCUUACCCCUCGACCCUCUCCCUGGGCCCGUUCUCCCUGGACUCUCUGAGGGGGGAGACGCAGGGGGGCACCAGGCUGGAGGCAGGACACCUGGCGCUGGAGAUGCAGGAGAGGGGAGGAGAGGGGGGGGGGGGACGCUCCCAGAUGAUGGAGCACAUCAGCUACAUGGACGAGGAAGGGCCAGCUCUGUGACAGAGAGGUAGAUGACAUGCAAGUAGAAACAGCAGAAACAGACUGAAGAGAAGAGAGGAGAGUACGUAGCCCGCUCGUCCAGAAUCCAACAUUGAACCUGUGAGACAGACAGGCAGACAGACAGAGAUCAAAAUGACUAUAGGUGGAAACCAAUAGCAUCACUGAAAAAUACCCCACCAGGACAGUAGCAAGACACCAGUUCUAACAGUACUCUGAUCAGGCACUCUGGUCAUGUUAAAGCAACACAUCCUCCUCCGUCUAUGGACUUCAUGAUGUCAUAAGUGAAAUGUGCAUCCCUACUCCUCUUCUGGCCAAAUGUCCCCAACCAACCACCCCUUCAUGACAUCACAGACAGUACAUAGGACUGGGAAUGUAAACUCUAGUUCAACCUCUGUUGUGUGGUUUCAAAAUUAUACUAACAUCUAUUGCUUGAAUAUCAACCACGGCUGACUUCAAAUGAGGAGUUCAUUUAACUUCAACUUAAUGUUUCUUCAGAGUUUCUCUGCUACUUGUUAUAUGGGGGUGAUUUGUUACAUACAUCUCCACAAAGAACACACACACUUGCACUGUGGUCUUACAUUAUGUGACAUCCUAUAAGUCUCAAUCCAGCCUACACACACAAUCAGUUCAGUCCCUCCAACAAGUGGCCAUAUUCAACACAAGACAAUCAGUGAGCUUACAAAACACAUGGAACCAACCAAAACAUGAAGACAACACCGCAGUAGGUCUGGAGGUAGAAGGGAGGGAGCCGGUGUGCCACAGAGGCCAGGUUUAGGUUUAAGAAGCCAUGCAUACGGGUGGGUGAGUGGAAUAUACAGUAGGUCUGGAGGUAGAAGGGAGGGAGCCGGUGUGCCACAGAGGCCAGGUUUAGGUUUAAGAAGCCAUGCAUACGGGUGGGUGAGUGGAAUAUACAGUAGGUCUGGAGGUAGAAGGGAGGGAGCUGGUGUGCCACAGAGGCCAGGUUUAGGUUUAAGAAGCCAUGCAUACGGGUGGGUGAGUGGAAUAUACAGUAGGUCUGGAGGUAGAAGGGAGGGAGCCGGUGUGCCACAGAGGCCAGGUUUAGGUUUAAGAAGCCAUGCAUACGGGUGGGUGAGUGGAAUAUACAGUAGGUCUGGAGGUAGAAGGGAGGGAGCUGGUGUGCCACAGAGGCAAGGUUUAGGUUUAAGAAGCCAUGCAUACGGGUGGGUGAGUGGAAUAUACAGUAAGUCUAUGAGUGACAACCAGACUGUACAGUGAAUGAGUUCCCAUCAACUCCAGCUUUAGGCAUCCAGCCAUUCGUGCCUUCUCCUUGGAACACACACACUGCUAGUUGUAUACAUCAUAUCAUCCACACCUGGUGAUUAUGUUGUGAUUUACCGUUGACCAUUACGAACGCCUCACUUUUAUUUUGAAAGUCAUUUAUUUUAUGUAGAAUGUGUGUUAAACUCUCCUGUUGGAUUCGGGUGUUCUGGCCUUUUUUCAUCCAUCGCUAGUUCAACCAGAGACAUCUCAGCGUCAUAUCAAAGCCCACACGCACCAACACAAGCACACCAGUGGAGGCUGCUGAGGGGAGGAUGGCUAAUAAUGGCUGGAAUGGCAUAAAUGGAAUCAAACACAUUUUAUACCGUUCCAUUCACUCCAUUCCAUCCAUUAAACUCAAUUCAAACCAUUAUUAUGAGCCGUCCUCGCCUCAGCAGCCUCCACUGAAGCACGCGCACACACACACGCACGCAUGGACACGCACACACACACCUGCCAUGUCCGCAGCAUCAUCUGCAUCCCAUGUUUAAGUGUCAACCUCUGGAUGACACAGGUUUAUCCUACAAAGACACAAUGCUCAGACAUUGCUGAAGUGGUCAGAGGACUAAUUGUAUUAGCAUUGUCUGGUGCUCUGUGUACUAGGUGCACUAGAGUUGUUUUUGCGGGGCACAGUCAGAUUGAGAUACUUGUUUCUAUUUUCUGUAACGGGCUGAGGAUGAGGCUGAGGAUGAGACUGAGGAUGAGGCUGAGGAUGCGUGGAGAUGUGUUGGAGGAGUGGCAGACAAAGGGUGCAGGUCCGGGGUCAAGAUGUUAAUGCUUGUCACAGCUAACUGCAUGAGGAAUGUGCUUGUUUCAGAACGAGGGGAGAGGGGGGUGGGCUUACUGUGCUGCCAGAGGUUUGGACAGGCUUAAGAUGUAUUUUAUUAACUCUUACCAACUUAACCAGAAACACGAUACAACAAUAAACAAAGUGUUGUU